AUGCCCGUCAGGUCGCUGUUUGACCUCGCUACUGCGACUUGUGUCAAGAACCUCCGAGGGCUCGAGAGCAUAGGAGAUUAUCUGCCCUACGAGGCCGUCCGCCACAUCCUGCUCAAGGUCGACAGCGCGGCUCAGCUGCGGCUAAUCGAAAUCAACUCGCCCCAAAUCCAGGGCCAGACGGGCGAGAUAUGGCUCAAGCUCAUCGAGAAGGACUUCCCCAUGGAGUACAAGGCCAAGGCCUACAAGCCCCAGAACCCGGACCGAUGGUUCCGAGUCUGGGACAAGUACAAAAGGGACCACGACGCUGCCCUCCAGGAGAGCGAGGACAAGCUCAAGAACGCCCUGGCCGGCCUGAAGCAGGCCAAGGAAAACAACACGAGCCGCAUCAUUGAGCGGAAACUGCUGCCCAAAUCCGUCAGGCUGGGCGGAGGCAAGCGACUGUACGGCGGCAGCAGGGACGCGCACUCGAAUCACCUGUCCUUCAAUGCCGGAAGCCGAACAAAGACCGCCAACGGGGCCAGCGUGAUGCGCAAGGUGCGCCGCGAAGUCAAGGAGAUUGCCACCAUCCACGGCGCCUUGUCGAGGCCGAUCCGCUUGCCGAGAAGGAUGCCGGCCGUUCAAAAGGCGCCCGCAUCCAUGGUGACAGACUAUCGGAGGGCAGCACAGCCGCAGUACCAAUCCCUCGCCCAACCACCGGAUCCGUCGGCGGCGGCCAUGGCGGAACACGUGGAACGCGCCACGUAUAUUUCCGACUCGGAUGAGGACGGUGGUGGCGGUGGUCAUGGCGAUGGUCAUGGCGAUGGUCAUGGCGAUGGCGAUGGCGACGGCGAUGACGGUUGCGACCGCCUGUUUGAUGAGGAUGGCGGCGGAUCGUCCCAAGCCCCCUUGGAACCGAAAACCAGGACGGCACUUCAAUCGCCCCCCCAAUCGCUGCCGAAACCGAGGCCACCAAUUUCAUCCGCUUCUUCUUCGUCGUUGUCGCGCCCUUCAAAGUCGGCAAGCGAAAGCUCGAGAACCAGCCCGGUGAAGCGAGUCUCGGGUAUACUAUCAAACAAGUACAAGGGCUCGGUGACAACAGCGCAGCCCAGAGCGUCUGCGUCCAGCCCUCCGCCAAAGGCCUUGGUGAGAGCUUCUCCCAUGCCUCAACCUCAACCGGAGCCCCCUAGAGCAGCGCAACACCUCCCUCGCACCCAGACAUGUCCUCUGCGGGGUGCCUCUGCCGGUCCAGGUCCAGCAUCCCCCCCAGCCAGCGAAUCUUCACCCCCCGGGCCACCACCACCACCAGACGGCAUCCUGCGAAAACGCAAGGCAGUCGACAUAUUCAUGAGGCGUAAGAAGCGGUCUGCUUAA